UGGCAUCAUGGCCUCCUGGAACGGCCACGGGAGCGCGAGGACGGGGGCGACAAUGCUCGUGCUGCUGGCGGGGCUUCUGCCGCUGCUGGAGGCGGUGAAGGUGUCUCCUCUCAUCGAGAAGGUCAGCGACCACAAAGACUUCAAGAAGCUGCUCAGGACGAGAACCAACGUCCUGGUGGCCUACACCAACACAGCUACAUCGGGGGACUCCCACCUGAAGCUGCUAUCAGAUGUGGCCCAGACGGUGAAGGGCCAGGGGACUAUUGCCUGGGUCAACUGUGGAGACUCGGAGGGCCGUAAGCUCUGUAAGAAGGUGAAGGUGGACCCGAGCUCCAAACGUGGAGGAGCAGAGCUGCUGCACUACAAAGACGGGACGUUCCACACAGAGUACAGCCGGCCGGCCACGUUCAAGUCCAUGGUAGCGUUCUUGAAGGACCCAUCAGGACCCCCGCUGUGGGAGGAGAACCCUGAGGCCAAAGACAUCGUCCACUUAGAGGCAGAAAAAGACUUCAGGAAGCUGCUGAAGAAAGAGGAGAGGCCGGUCCUCUUGAUGUUCUACGCCCCCUGGUGCGGCGUUUGUAAGAGAAUGCAGCCCGUCUUUCAGCAAGCGGCCACAGAGACCAAAGGAAAAUACGUCCUGGCGGGGAUGAAUGUUCACCCAGCUGAGUUUGACGGCCUCAAGCAGGAGUUCAACGUCAAAGGCUACCCGACCUUCUGCUACUUUGAUAAGGGGAAGUUCCUCUACCAUUAUGAAAACUACGGAGCCACCGCCAAAGAUAUCGCUGACUGGAUGAAGAACCCUCAGCCCCCCCAGCCGAAGACCCCCGAGGUGCCGUGGACGGAGACGGACUCCCCGGUCUUCCACCUGACGGAUGAGACCUUUGACAGCUUCCUGGAGGAGCAUCCUGCCGCCCUCAUCAUGUUCUACGCCCCCUGGUGUGGACACUGUAAGAAGAUGAAGCCGGAGUACGAUGAAGCUGCUGAAGUCCUCAACAAGGGCUCAGACAGCCCCGGUGUGUUGGCAGCGGUGGACUCCACGGUGCACAAGGCCGUAGGGGAACGCUUCAAGAUCUCCGGAUUCCCAACCGUCAUGUAUUUCGAGGGAGGAGAGGAAAAGUACACGCUGCCACACCUCCGGAGCAAAGACAAGAUCAUCGAGUUCAUGCACAAUCCCCAGGCACCUCCUCCACCGGAGCAGUCUUGGGAGGACAAGCCCUCCAGCGUCAGCCAUCUUGGAUCGGAGGAUUUCCGAGAGGCGCUGAAGAAGAAGAAACACGCUCUGGUCAUGUUCUACGCUCCCUGGUGUCCACACUGUAAAAACGCUGUUCCUCACUUCACCACGGCAGCAGAGCUCUUCAGAGAGGACCGCAAGAUUGCGUACGCCGCGGUGGACUGUACCAGAGGACAGAACCACGAGCUGUGUAAGCAGGAGGGAGUGGAGGGCUACCCGACAUUCAACCACUACAACUACGGAAAGUUUGUGGAGAAAUACAACGGAGACCGUGGGGAGGCCGGCUUCAUCGGGUUCAUGCGCAGCCUGCGAGGUCGCGACCAGGAGAAGGUGGUGAAGAGGAAGGAGGAGCUCUGAGGUUCGGCGCGUUGCACUGUGACCCUUGACCCCCUGGCAAGGGCCCAAUCAGCACUGACGGUGGGAGACCUGAUGACCUCAGCUAAAAGGCUACGUUUUUUUUAUAUACCGCGGAGGUUCCUGUUUGUAACGAGGCGGACGGAGAACCUGCAGGGAGACUUCUUCUGACCGGCUGAAUAAACAACGCAGACAAAAACUAAACACUGUGAGACGUGUGAGAAGCUUCACCCUAUAAACCUGAUCUAUGCAACACGGACCCCUGCUGGGCCGACUCACACCUGAGGGUGCUGGUGCUGCUGGUGGUGGUGCUGCUGGUGGUGGUGGUGGUGGUGGUGGUGGGGGGGGCAUUAACAGAUAAAGGUGGAGGAACCACAGGGGUCCAGUCCAUCAAACCCGCAGUCUCCAGAAGGAGAACCACACCUUCAUGUCUCUGGUCCAGAACCAUCCAGAAUAUCACCCUUUGUUUUCUCAACAUCUCAGCAGUGAAAUGUGAAGCGUUGCCGCAGCGACGGGUUCAUAUUCUGGAUGGUUCCAGUCCCUCGUGAUUAAUUCUGCUUUUUUCUUUUUUGAAAUGACUUGAUUCUUUUUUUUGUUUGCUUCAAACUGUGGCCUUAAAGAUGUGAAAUAAAACCAUGCUGGAGUUGCAUCAAAGGAGGAGAGGAAUCAGAGUCCUGGUGCUGUUUCAGCUCCUUCAGCUUAUGGAAGUCAUAAACACGAGGAGGUGUAACAAAUAUUCUGCUUGAUACGUUUCCAAAUAUUAGCAUUCAGAGCUGUGGUGAUGUAACAAGGUUAGAGCUCAUUUGCAUACAGGAAGCAUUCAGAGACCAGGCUGAAUAUUUACAUGAUGAUCAUGAAUAUAAUGUCCCGUAAUCAUGGAUUCCAGCCAAAUAUCCCACAAUCCCCCUCUGCAUUCAGACGCCUCGUCCUUGUUUUCACUGUGGUGCGUUCAGGGUUGUGUUUUUUUUGUGUUUCAUGGCCACACGUCUCCUCCACUUCCUGUAGAGAUGAACGACACCGAGGAGCCAAAAUGGCGGCCCUCUUGAGCUUUGACUAAUUAAGUCACCAGACUAAUUGACUAAUUAAUUAGUCUGGUGACUAAAAAAGUCACAUUCCUACUUUUGAGACUUUUUUUUCUACUCCCACUCUUCGGCCUCCAUAAAUAUGUCAAACUCUUGUGUUUUUAUUAUUCCAGACUUCUGUUUCUGUCAUUCUGAAUAAAGUUCUCAGGGAAAGCGAAACACAAUUAAAAGGGAACUCGUUUGUUCUGUGAUUUCUUUUCUUUUCAUUCCAGAUGAAUCAUUUUUUAAGCCCUUAAAUCACCAAAUUAAAUAUUGUUUACAUUUGUAUCCCAAGACAAAUCCGUUUCUGUGCCGUCAUGACGUCGUGUGUUGAAUAAGACGAUGUGACUGAUCCGUCUCCUCAAACAUCAGUGUGAUUUUUCUUUUCCUCGUUCUCUCCAUUCAGUGUCUUUAACAGUUUGCUUCCCAGCGUCUCGCUGUAACGAGCUGCUCGUUGUCUUCUUCUUCUGCAGAGACGCUGACGGAAACAAACGUGUUGAGUCACUUAUGCCAAGAAGUCAUCCUUUCCUCUCUGGAUUUUAGUUUUCUGAGCUCAGCCAUAAGAACCGUUUGUCUUCUUGCAGAAAGGAGCUUGCAAGAUUUAAACUGAAAUAAUAAAAUCAAACAUUUCAAA